UAAAGCACGUGAUGCGGAAGUGACUAAAGUAUAACAAAUCGCACAAAAUUAAAAAUUGUUUUGAUAGCAUUUCAGCAUCUUUAGCUGUUAACAUGCUGAAACCAAAAGCUCUGACCCAAGUGCUAAGUCAAGCGAACUCUGGAGGUGUUCAAAGUACUUUGUUGUUGAACAAUGAGGGAGCAUUGCUAGCUUACUCAGGGUAUGGGGAUAAAGAUGCCGCUGUCACAGCUGCCAUUGCUAGCAAUAUCUGGUCUACAUACCAGAAAUCUGGGGCCACAGCUUUAACAGACGAUAAACUCAAAUUUGUUUUGCUUGACUGUGAGGAUGGUAAAGUAGCAAUCACACAUGUUGCCAAUCUACUACUAUGCUUGUGUUGUAAGGAAAAUGUUGGAUUCGGAAUGUUAAAAGCAAAGGCUGAAGCAUUAGCAAUGUAUUUAGAGGAUCCCCUCUCACAGAUUGCAGCCUCCUGACACAACCUAUCUAUAGACCUUAUAGAAACACUGAUUAAAAUACAACUUUCAAUAAUGAAUUACAGAUGUGUGUAACAUUGAAACAUGAAGAAAAUUCCAGAUCCUGCUCUAUUGUGCUGCUGUGUUAGCUUGUAUCAGAUCUAGCAAUAGUUGAGAAAGUACAUGUACAAUGUGUAUAGGAUUGCUGGGAAAUGUUUUGUAUGACAAGAUUCUCGAGGUGAAUUGGAGAUAAAUAUGUGUAUCCUAAGUUUAACAUUGACAUAGUAAUGUAAAUUGAAGAAUUUCUGUUUUAAGAUUUGUUGGCAUUGUCAGGUCCAAAAAACAUUUUGCUGCAGCCCAACACUAACUCCACGAUGCUUCCCUGCUGCACCCCAACACUAUACUCCACGAUGCCUCCCUACUGCACCCCAACACUAUACUCCACGAUGCCUCCCUCUUUCACCCCAUCACUACUCCAUGAUGCUUCCCUGCUGCACCCCAACACUGUACCCCACGAUGCCUCCCUGCUGCACCCCAACACUGUACUCCACGAUGCCUCCCUGCUGCACCCCAACACUAUACUCCACGAUGCCUCCCUGCUGCACCCCAACACUACUCCACGAUGCCUCCCUGCUGCACCCCAACACUAUACUCAACGAUGCCUCCCUGCUGCACCCCAUCACUACUCCACGAUGCAUCCAUGCUGCACCCCAACACUAUACUCCACGAUGCCUCCCUGCUGCACCCAAACACUACUCCACGAUGCCUCCCUGCUGCACCCAAAUACUGUACUCCACGAUGCCUCCCUGCUGCACACACCCCAACACUAUAUUCCAUGAUGCCUCCCUGCUGUACCCAAACACUAUACUCCACGAUGCCUUCUAGUAAACCUUUCUACGACCAAGUACUUUUACUUCACUAAUAGAUAUCUAAAUAUCAUAUAUUACAACACUGUCAUUACGUUCUAACAACUCAUAGUAGUUAAAUGUUAUAUAUGUCAGAACAUAAUUGUCAGAAAGUUAUGGCAAUGUUGUUAUAAUAUGGUAUUUGAAUGGUAUUUUUAUCUGCACUGUUGAAAGUCUUGGGUUAUUACUGUUGGGUUGAAGAGAGAUUUGGGUGAAAGAUGGAGGUAAAAGUUGGGUGUGGGGGGUGGGGAAUGUAUAAAUUUUGAUUCAAAAUAUAUGUCUUGGUGGAAAACAUUAGUUUAAUGUUUUAACUUUACUGUAAAGACAUUUUAGUGUUCACAAUCCUUAACUCGUACAUUUGUUUUUCUUUAGAAAUUUUCUAAAACGUUACAAACCAUUAGCUUAAUCACCUGUAAAAAUUUAGAACAACUGGGCUCUGUUGGUUGAGAUGGAUUGUUGUCAUAAAAUAAGAUUUGUAGCUUGUUUCCAUAUAAUUGUAUGCUGAUAAAAAACCUCAAGGACCUUGCUGGCUCAAUACAUAUUAGUCUGUUGUAGAUUUAGGGCAAUUAUUGUAAGAAAAAUGGAUCAAAUUACUGGUGGAUUCAAAACAGUAAAAUUGUGUUAUAUAUGGAGUUAUUGUACUAAAGUUUAUUUAUAUUUUAUAAUUGUGUUAAAUGUGAUUAUUAAAUUUUGUCAUAUGUUGAUUAUAAUGAUCCAUCACCUGCAAAGUUCAUAGUUGAAUAAAGUAUCCAUAUGGAUAGUGAUAAACUG